CUCUCUCUCUCUCUCUUUUUCUGCUCCUUAUAUAAACGCCACCAUGCUGCACCACUCCAACCACCCUAAACCCCAACCUCUCUCUCUGUGUGUGUGUGUGUAUAUUUCUAUUUACUACUCAGUGAAAUGGACUUCUCCUAUUUCUUAUCCUCCUCUUCUUCUUCUACUUCACCAAUCACCGACGUGCCGCAAGAGAAGAAACCUAAGCGCAAAUCACCAAAGCAGCAACAAGAGAACAGCAGCAAUGGCAAUGGCACAGGUGGCAGCACGAGGUACCUCGGAGUGCGGCGUCGGCCAUGGGGGCGAUAUGCGGCGGAGAUACGUGACCCGGCGACCAAAGAGCGCCACUGGCUCGGCACAUUCGAUACCGCCGAGGAGGCCGCCGUCGCGUACGACCGCGCAGCCCGCACCCUCCGCGGCCCCCGCGCACGCACCAACUUCGCCUAUCCUGACCUCCCACCUGGCUCCUCCCUCACUCCCUUCCUCUCCCCUGACCUCCAACAGCACAACCUUCUCCUCCCCUUCUACACGCCGUCAACCACUCAUGACUCCCCUCAACCCCCGGCGAUCACCUUACCCCACCACCAACCUCUUGCUGGCCAUGAAGCCAUGGGGGGCGGCGGCGGCUUCGUCCACCAACCGGAGCUCUACUAUUCUUCGUCUUCUUCUUCUUCUUCGCUGUUAACUCCUCUUACACACUCUCCAACGCCAAUGGCUCCGCUGGAGGCGAUGCCCUCGUCGGAUGCUCCACCGGAGGCGUGCUCCGCCGCCGGGAUGGCGGAGGAGUUGGCGGCGGCGAUGUGCUGCGACGUGGGGGAGUUCAACUCAUAUGGGUCGCCGGUCACGGCGAGUGGUGGUUGUGGAGGGAUGUUCUUCGAGGAGGGAUACGUGCACAGCCCGCUGUUCGGCCCGAUGCCGACGGUGGACGACGCGGCGCCGGGGCUCGCCGACGGGUUCCAGCUGGGGGGCUCCUCCUCCUCUUACUUCUUUUGAGUUUUUGGCAUUGACUUUCCUCUUCGCGCGUGCGAGCGCCCGCAUGGACGUGGCGUGGGGUUGUGCGGGGUUUGAGCCAGUCCUUGUUCGGCUCAUGGGUUUUCAGUGGGCUUCAAGGUUUUUCCUUUUCUCUACCCUUCUGUUCCUAGCCUUUUCGAUCUUUAUUUCUCUUGCUGUCGUGUGUUUAUGUUAUGACACAAGGUUUUCCUUCAA